AUCGACCACAUGGGCGGUUAGGGAACGUUCUCUGUGGCUCACUACGAUCAAUAUAUUGGUUCGCGAGUGAUGUUGCGGAACUGGGAGGAAAGCAUUACAGGCUCCCUAUUGUGCUUAUCGAGACCAUUGAAGCGUUGAGCGAGAAGUGUAUGUGAUUCCAAUUCUGACAUUUGUUCUGUCCAUUUUAACUCUCUUACAACUCCGAAGCCAUGUCGAAUUCCGAUUUUGCAACAUACGAUUCCUCCAACAGGGCACUCCGAGCUUCUAUGGCAUCUUUACAUAACCUGAUCGCGGAUUUUGAUGCCCCACCAGCAUACGGUAGAGGCUCAUCGCUGGCCGAUAAAUCAAGUAAAGAGAUAAUGAGCUUGCUCACCAAUUUCUUGGAUUCCUUUCCGGAACCGCCACUCGACCCCACUUUAUUCCGAGCUUUUUAUAACGCCUGCUACAUGCCGUCAUUCCGAGCUGCGCUUCGUUGUGGCCAAGGCUAUAGAAAAUUCCUCAGCUCCGCUCGGGAAAGAGGCAGGACGGGCCGUCUCACUCCAAGCGAGAAGCGAGCGAUUGGCGUGGCGAAGAUUCUCUUUCAACUCAUGCCCGAAGCUCAUUCGAGUUCGUUGACCUAUCUCAUGGCGUUCCUAUCUCAUGCGGCAUCGCCAAUACCCACAAAAACAUCGAAGCCGGCUUUCGCUGAAGUGGCUGAAAUAUUCGGCUCUCCUAUUUGUGCACCGAGGGAUGCAGUCAGUUAUCUCUCCUCGAUAGGCGCCGGUACAAUGGACAGCGAAAGCGCGGACGAGAUGGUGAAAAGAAUGGGCAGUCAGAUCCUAUUCUGGCUUCUCAGCUACUGGAAUGAGAUUUCAAGUUGGCAGGAGACGACAGCGGAGGCGGAUGGGUCCUUGGCAUUGUCUCAUGUUGAGGGGCUCGCUCCGGAACCAGGACCUUCCUUAUGGGACGAGUAUAAACGGAAGCACAAAUCACUGUCGGCUUCUACCUUGGACACUGCGUACCCAAAGGAAGAUCCAAAGGCCCGGGAAGAAGCACAGGUCACAAUAGACCGUUGUGGUAAAGGAAAGAUAACCGAACUUCCAAAGCCCAACCCGACAUAUCCUGCGUCCACAUCCCCAUCUCCGACACCCGAUGAUGGUCAGGAUGAGCACCGAGCAAGCUUAACUUCGUCCGAUGACACGGGGUCAUCGAGUCCACGAAUGAGCUGGUCUUCAAUAGAAAACUCGGGCUCUUCAUCAUCAGGUGACACCCCGUUGACCUCACCGGAAUUGUCUUCUAAGAAAGUGGCCCCGCAAAUGCAGGACUCCAGCAUCACUCGAGAUGAAUUUGACAGUUUAAAGCGAAUAGUGAUGGCGCAGCAGGAAGAGAUUCGGGUCAUUAGGUUGCUGCUUGCACCUGUCCCUUGAUCGCUAGACGAUACUUGGGAGGGUGAACCAAUAUCAUGGUUUUGUGACUAUGAUGGAGAAGGAAUUUAUGCUAUAUCUAUGCUACUAAUGAACCGUUUAGUGUACAUUUAUAAUCGGUCGGUCUUGUGAACUUUUGUAUAAACUUUAUGCACGAACAUUCCACACGGCGAUC